UUUGGUCGUGACUCCCAUCUUCUGCUCCCACUUUGCUCUGCUCCACAUCCGCUGACGUGAACGGUCCUCACUAGUGACACAGCCAAGGAUUUUGGCUUACCUACGAUGUCUCAAUCCCCAGACCUGGGCGCAUCGUCGUCGUCCCCAGAAACCGGUACUUUUGAAUGUAAAGUCUUUAAGCCUCUUACAUCAGCCGUAUCCCCCCAACUGGGAGAACUCCCUGACUCAUAUUUUACACCUACUGCGGAAGACCUCAAAGCUGCGCAGGCGACCUUGACAGCGCGUACUCAGGCCCUCACAAACGCGCCACUUCAGCUACGUGCAACAAGGGAGGCCGCAGAGAAGGCCAAGAGAGACAGAUGGCCGAAUACCACCAUUCGCAUCAGAUUUAGCGAUCGAACUCAGCUGGAGAAGACGUUUCCUUCAACCGAGCGUAUACAGUCUAUAUAUACCUUCGUUCAUUCAUCCCUCCGCGAUGACGUGAAGCCAGUCAAUUUCAUGCUAUAUCAGUCCCCUCCCAAGCGUGAAUUCAAGGUCUCUGAUCCGAAAAUACGAGAACUGUCCCUUGUAGAACUACAAUUAGCCCCGUCUUCCGUGCUCUUGGUGCGCUUUGAAGAUGAUUCGCUGAAUAGAAGUAACGUCCCAGCGCCACUAUUACCAGCUCUAAUGGCGCAAGCCAUUGAGUUGCCAGCCCCUCCUGCCUUUGGGGGGGACGCAGACGCUCCGGGGCGUGCUGCCUCAUCUCACACGAAGGCUACAUCUGAUAAGGGGAAGAAGGUGCCCAAAUGGUUGAAAUUAACACAGAGGAAAUGAAUAUGGUAGAAUAUUUACACAAUUUUUCGAGCAUACAAAUAUUAUCAAUGUUGUGACGGUAAAGGACAAUAUCAAUAGAUCGGAAACUGUCGCGAAACACCUGUGCAGCGAUCUGGGAAUCAUUGCCGAGUCGACAAAGAACGAAAAUCUUGGUUGUACAGAUUGCAGGUAUAUGGGUGGCAGGUUCGGCAAGUAGCUCUGAAAGUGGAAUACCUAAACUUUUUGAAUGCCAAAUUCCGUCCUGGGUCGCACGUCAAUUAAUAGGUACUGCUCCUGUAAA